AUGGCUCAAAGUUCGCAAGGAGGUAGUCAUAGACGAAGCAGGGAUCACGAUGGAGGUGCUAUGAGAUAUACUAAUACAGAUUGGGAAGCCAAAGAAGCACUCUACCAACGAGAAUUAGACGAGGCACGCGCCAGAGCGACGCAAAUGGAAAAAACAAUGCGGUGGUGGUCAGAUUGUACAGCCAAUUGGCGAGAAAAAUGGAGCAAGGUGCGUAACGAACGAAAUAAAGCAAGAGAGGAAGCUAAACAAUUUAAAAACAAAGUAGACACCUUGUCUAAAGAAUUGUCUGUGUCCAAGACUGAAAAGAAUGAUCUAGAACAACAGCUAAUUGAGCUCAGACUUGAUAAUGAAAAACUUCUUAGUAUAGGCGAGAGCAGGAUUUUAGGUGGCGAUCUUACGACUGAAGACGGCGUGGAAUUAAGAAGAAAAAAUGUAGGGUAUCUAUCACCUAAUGAUCAGCCUUCUGUAAGACAAAGAGCGUCUUUAGAUUCCCAUAAGUUUUCUAACGUUGACAAUGUUCUAGCAAACAAAUUGAGCGAAUUAAGAUUAAGGUUAGAAGAAACCUGCAAGAAUCUACAAAGCGAGAAAGAUGAGAAAACUUUUCUCCUAAAUAAAAUCGAAAUUUUAACUGCUGAACUACAUAGUACUAAAGUGGAACUUCACAGUGACAGAACGUUAGGGUCCACAGAUUCCAGUCAUAGUGAAGUAGAAAAACUACAGAAUGAACUGCAGGACGAAAUUGCAGCCAAACAAGUUCUAGAAGAAAGAAUUGCCGAAUUAAAAAUGGAAAUAGAACGGCUAAAAUCAGAAAACACGAUACAAUGGAGCAAAAGAGAAUUGCUGGAAACAGAGAAUAUAGCCAUUCUAAGAGAAAACAAGAAACUGUAUGGCCAAGUUUGUGAACUUAGAGAACAGAUACACAAGCUUAACAGAAUAUCGGACGGCAGUGCUUAUUUCAGUGACCACAAUAGGUUGGACUCUAAUGUACUUUAUGUUCGAAAAACUAGCACGAGUCCACGAUCUCAUGAAUCAAGCAAUGGCUCGUCUGAAGCGAAUCUAACACAUUGUGAUGCCAAAACAAAUACGUCGGGUGAAGAUGACGAACUAGCAAUAGUUGAAAGAAGCGAUAAUUGUUAG